UGCUGCACUUUCAGCCCCACCCAUAAAUGUUGCUAGGGGCAACAGAGAAAUAAUGUCUGAAGUGAAGUUGGAUAAUGGACAAGAAGAAGGGAAAGAGGCCAUGGAAAAUGAAAAUGCAGGCACUGGAGCUGUCACUGAUGAAGAUACAAAAACUGUAGCUGAAGCAACUGAAGAUAAACAGAUUGAUGAGGCUAAACCAGCAGAACAAACUGACCAGCCCACACCUCUUGAUGGAGAAGAAGGAGGCAUUGAGAGACAGACUGUUGAUUUAAGUGAUAAAAUGCAAGGAGAAGGAAAGGAUGAAUCAGAUGCAGCUAAAACAGAAGAUGAAAGCUCAAAGGAAACUGAGACAAAAGAAAAUAAAGAAGGUGAGAAAGAGCAGCUUGAUGGCGCUAGUGAAGAAACUGACAGGAAGGAAGAAGAGGAAAUUACAAAUAAACCAGAAGAGGAAGUUGAAGCCACUGGUGACACUAUAAAUAAAACAGAAGAAGUUGAGGGAGAAACUGUAAAAAGUAGUGAAGAGAUGCAAGAAGAGACACCAAGAGUCCCUUCAAUAAUAGUGAUGAAUGAAGAAGGGCAAGAAAUGGAGGAGGAGCAGGAGAAACUUGAUGAGAUUGAUGAAGAAGAAGAUGAUGAAGAAGAGGAGGAGGAAGAGGAGGAAGAAUUUGACUUAAAUGAAGCAAUUGAAACUUAUAAAAAAUUGUUAGGUAGCAUUGAAAAGCUACAGCAGACUCACCAUCAACUCCAGCACAAGAUAGCAGAAUACUUAGCAAGGAAGCAGCAGCUAGAGUCAAAGCAUGAUUCUGAACGUGACUCAUCAGAUCAAGAGCAAAGAUAUCAGAAAUGUCUUGAGGGACUGGAUGAGAUACAGCAUGAGUUGUCCGAGAAGCAAAAAGAGUUUGAAAUGGAAGAUGCGGAGCUCAUGGACGCUUGUGAAAUUAAGAAAGGACAAGUAUCACAAGCAAGAAAUGAAUUUGUUGAAUUAGUUAAAGGACAUGCUUCAACGUGUAUCAGAGGAAAAAAACUAAGUAUAAUCUCAGACUACCUUAACACAUUAGAAAAGAAAGAUGGAGAGGUGACUCAGGUAAGAUUAGAGAACAUAACGCUACAGAGCAGAAUCCAGAAAAUUGACAGUCUAAUCAAGCAAAAGGAGCAACUAGCUGAAGGACUUCACAUGAUUGAUUUCGAGCAGCUACGCAUCAACAAUGCCGACCUCAAUGAUAAAAUAGAGGAAAGAAAUGAGGAGAUAAUGAAACUAAAGAAAAAGAUAACAUCCACCAUACAAGUAUUGGCACACCUCAAGGAAAAACUUCAAUUCCUACAAGCUGAAAAUGCUGUCAAGAAAUCGCUACUCAAAGACGUAGACAAACAAGUAGCAAAAAAACGAGACUUUUUGACUAGACUCAAGCAAGCUAAAGAUAGUGUUAGGGCAGAAAACAAUAGUCUCAAACAGCAAGGAGGACUAGUUGGAUAUCACACUCUGCUGAGAGAUUUUGAAAACAAACAAGAUCAAAGCGAGAAAAUGAAGAGUGAUUUAGAAAGGUUGCAGCAGAGGCACUCGAAUCUCAUCUUACAAUGCAACACUUUAAGACAAAGAAUCGAUCAAACAAAAUUAUUGCAAACACAAUAAAUAAUAAAUAAACAUGCACAACACUGAGCGAUAAUAAUGUAAUA